AUGUAUCAGCAGUUUUUGCAGCAAGCAAAUCAGUGUGCACACAUCGCAUGCGAGUUUAAGCCACCCGCCAAGGUCAAAAAGCCAAAGCUGGCGCAGCACUUGCAAAGAUGUGGGAGUUGGACGGUGAGUUGCAUCGAUUGUUCCAAGGUUUUCGCUUGGGACGAGUGGCAAUCUCACACUAGCUGCGUAUCAGAGGCACAGAAGUAUCAGGGGAACCUUUUCCAGGCCAAAGAGAGCAGCAACAAAGGGCAGCUGAAGCAAGAUUCUUGGGUUGACGGCGUGCGGCGAGCAAUCGAAGAUCCACAAACGGAUGUUGCGCCACAGAUAAGGAGCUUGGUGCAGAAGUUGCUAGGCUUUGACAAUAUCCCUAGAAAGCAGAAGGCCUUCGGUAACUUCGUCAAGAACUCCUUGAAGGUCUGGGAUGAAUCCAAGAUUGAUGCCAUGUGGAAUGUGAUAGCCUCUGCGAACUCCAAGCCGGUUGACGCAAAGCCAUCUGGACAUGCAGCAACCGAACCGGCGAAGAUGCCGAAGGCGAAAGCUUGGCCAGGUUGGAAGCGUGCAAUUGAUGAAGAACUAACCUCGGGCGCGAUGCCCUGGAAGCGUCUGUGCGCACGUGUCGUUGAACGAUAUCGUGAGAGUGGCCACGCUGGUGACAAUGACGAGCUUGAGCUGCAGGCCCUGAGCAGCAUUCCUGAGGACUACUGCUCUUCGAAGACCCCAGAUGUCAUGCUCUGCACCAGCUGCACCUUGUCGCACAAGCUAGGAUUCGAAGAUGUAGAGCCAACGCUCCGUCGCCUCAUGAGACCCAGUUUGAAAGCUGUCCGCUUGUCAACCUUGCUGCGUGGCUUCGGCUUGUGUCCUGUCGAGAUCUCAAAACAGGAGUCGAAAUCUGCAAUUUCGUUCCUCAAGGCGGCGUACAGAGACAAAGCCAAGGAGCAGCAUCCUGAUCUAGCUCCCCGUGAUGAACAAGCUGAAGCUGAGAAAAAGUUUGUCAAGCUGAGCACAGAGUUCAACGAGGCUGUCAAGCUCCUUGAAGCAGGGGUUCAGCCUGUAGAGCGGGCACGAGUGGUCGACUUGAAUCCAGGUGCGCAAGCUGGUGCUGCUCAUGCUGCAUGGCACCCGCACUUCCAGUCUGCCGAUUGGCGGACCGUGAAUCGACAGUUUGUGCAUUCGGAGCAGCCGAAGUUUGAUACCUAUACUCGGGUGAAGGGCCAUCUAAUUGUUUGGAGCAGCGCAUUUAUUUUCUUCAGUCUUUUGAGGGAAUUUCUUGUGGGCACCGCGGGCGGAAUGUGGGCAUGGUAUCCGCCGCAAGAUUUGAACCCUUUCUGGGUGCGAAGAUACCAUGGUGCUUGGUCGGACAAGGACAAGCCCGAGAAGAGAGAGCAACAGCAGCCCUCGGGACCACCUCAGGUGAAGCGUGAGAAAGACCGACCAGUGUCGGAGUUCUAUGCCAAGCGACACGUGAGCAAGGUGCGGAAGAAGUACUCUCCAAGAGGUCAUGGACCGAGCCUUUGA